AUGCAGGCACCUUCAGCUGCUGCUGCUGCCCUUGGGGGCCCCACAGCCACAGCAGCAGCAGCAGCAGCAGCAGCAGCAGCAGACAUGCGGGGGGGGGGCUAUUACUUUGCUACUUCUCUGCCGCCUACUGUUGUCUCCUGCUGCUGCAGCGUCAGGCUGAGGUGCCCAUACACCCCAACCCUCGUACUAGCCAGGCCCCGCUCUCUCGUCUUCCUGCACCCUCACACCAGCAGCAGCAGCAGCAGCAGCAGCAGCAGCAGCAGCAGCAGCAGGGAUGGCCAUGGUGACGCUGCUGCUGACGGAGCUUUCUCGUUCUCCCCCUCCACCGAAACAGCAGCAGCAGGCAGCAGCAGCAGCAGCAGCAGCAGCAGCAGCAGAGAUGGCCAUGGUGAUGCUGCUGCUGACGGAGCUUUCCCGUUCUCCCCCUCCACCGAAACAGCAGCAGCAGCAGCAGCAGCAGCAGAUUCAGCAGAUGGUGCUGCUGCUGCUGCUGCUGCUGCUGGUUCUUACUUCUCUCCCCCCGUUGUGUUGCCAUGUGAGUCUGCUGUUGCUGCUCUUGCUGCAGUACCCCGAAGGCCUAUGGGUUUCGCUUCAGCAGCAGCAGCAGCAGCAGCAGCUGCUGCUGCUGCUGCAGCAGCAGCAGCAGCAGCAGCAGAUACAGCUGAAGACAUGCAGCAGCAGGAAAAGAAGAGACAGCAGCAGACAACGGAGACACUGCAGCAGGGCCUUGAGGACCUUCUCGUGCUUACUGACGCUCAGCUGCUGCUGCUGCUGACGUACGAUAAAACACACCGCAGAAUGCUGCCUCUACAAAUCAUAGAUCUCAGACUGCCUUGCUUCCGGCGCAUAAAGGGGCGGCCGCUGCUGACAGUCUGCCCCAUCACGGGAGACGUCGCCAUCCACCAGUAUGAGUUUCGUGUGCAGUACCUGCAGCGCCGCAGGAGCAGCAGCAGCAGCAGCAGCAGCAGCAGCAACGGCAGCAGCAGCAGCACCAGCAAUGGCAGCAGCAGCAGGAACAGCAGCAGCGGCGGCCUGAUGGACUGCAACCGCGUGAAGCGGGUGAAGGAGCAGGGACAGCACCCGCAGUGGCAGCAGCAGCAGCAGCACGAGCAGCAGCAGCAGCAGCAGCAGCAGCAGCAGCAGCAGGAAGCAGCAGCAGCAGACAUCCCCGCGGGGCCACCGCCGUACACCCCGCAGCGCGUUGUCUUUGUGCAUGAGCUGGGGGUGCUAGAUAUGGCGUUUGUAGCUCCGAAGCAGCGGCAGAAGCAGCACAGCAGCAGCAGCAGCAGCAGCAGCAGCAGCAGCAGGAGCUGCCCCUGCCAGCAGCUGGUGUGUCUGUACACCUGCACCGCUGUAAGCAGCAUCGGCUCCUCCUCCCCCCUCACCGCCCCCGGGCGCUUCCUGCGGCUGCUGCACCUGCCGCCUGCUGCUCAGCCCUUUAUAAACACAGACCCCACCACCUGCUGCUGCGGCCCGCUCCCGGGGCCCCUGCAGCUUGCUGCUGGGGCCUCGCGCCUGCUGCCGCUCCCGCUGCCCCUGGGUGGGGUUGUUGUACUCGCCCCAGAGACUGUCUCCUGGCUAGCUCCACAUACACCCCACAGAGACGCUGUCUCCGUCAAGGGACAAGCUGCUGCAGCAACCCCUACCACCAGCAGCACCAGCAGCAGCAGCAGCAGCAGCAGCAGCAGCAGCAGCAGCAGCAGCAGCGCGGCCAAUCGCCGCCCCACUUCUGCUGCUACUGCUGCCAGGGGACUCAGCGUUGUCUGCACCCAGACAACGUUCCCGGGCUGCGACGACAUUGUCUCUGCUGCGCUGCUGUCUCCUCCUGCAGCAACAGCAGCAGCAGCAACAGCAGCAGCAGCAGCAGCAGGAGCAGCAGCAGCAGGAGAGCUAGAGUACAGUUGUGUUUUCAUAGCAAUCGACGCCAGAGGCCACGUGCUGCAGGCGGUCUUGCGUGUCUCCUCUGUUUCCCCCAGCAUCAGCAGCAGCAGCAGCAGCAGCAGCAGCAGCAGCAGCAGCAGUGUUCGUCGCUGCUGGGAUGAAGCCUUUCUAUCUGUUUCUUACAUAGGCCAUGCAUGCGAAGCAACUCAGCUGUCUCCUCUGGGGCCCCACACCUUCUUUGCUGCUUCCACCUGCAGCGACAGCCUCGUGCUGCAGAUAGCUGACCCCUACUCUGACACUCUAUCCAGCAGCAGCAGCAGCAGCAGCAGCAGCAGCAGCAGCAGCAGCAGCAGCGGCAGCGGUAGUUUGAUGUGUAGGCGGUUCUCUGACGAAUCCGGAUUUGGCGGUGCUGCUGCUGAGUGGCAGCAGCAACAGCAGCAACAGCAGCAGCAGCAGCAGCAGCUGCUGCUGCAGCAGCAGCAGCAGCAGCAGCUGCAUGCAACAGAGCAGCAGCGCGGGAGACUCCGCGUGAUUGAGGCCUUCAGCAAUUUGGGGCCCAUCGUCGAUUGCUGCAUCGCAGACUUUGAGGGGAAGGGACAGAGACAGGUGCUGCAGCGGGGACUGGUGGCUCUAGAAGCAUGCGAGGCGUCUCUGUCUCUGCGUGCUGCGGUGUCUGUACACCUCACCGUGUCUCCGUCUGGUGCUGCAUCUGUGGGGUUGCUGCCUUGUCCCCUCAGCGAGUUGUCUGCUGCUGCUCCUGCUGCUGCUGCUGCUGCUGCAGCAGCAGCAGCAGGUCCCUGCAUCAGCUGCGCAUCUGUGGCGCCCCUCGCUGGACUGCCGCUGGGACUGCUGUCCCCUGCUGCAGCAGCAACAGCAGCAACAGCAGCAACAGCAGCAGCAGCAGGAGCAGCAGGAGAUGUUCUGCUGCUAACUGGUGGUUCUGUUGCUGCUGCUGUCUCCUUGAGGGGCAGCAGCUUCUGCUGCCUCUCCGCCCGGGAGCUGGGGUAUGAGGCCUCAGCAGCGCAUGCAGCGAGGCUGGACAUAGUAGACCCUGCAUGCGCUGCAGCAGCAGAAGAACCUCUAGCUGCUGCUGCUGCUGCUGCUGCUGCUGCUCCUGCUGCUGCUGCUGCUGUCUCCGUUGCUCUUGCUGCUGUGGGGCUGUUCGACGAGGGCGCCGUCCGUCUCCUUUCGCUGCCCGCCCUGGAGCCCCUGCUGCUCCUUGAUGCAUGCAAGGGAGAGCUGGGUGUGUGGAUAGUGUCUACGUUGGUCUGCUGCAUGGGGGGCCUGCCUCUGUGUCUGGCUGGGCUGAGCAACGGGCGAGUGGUGUUGUUUCGUCUCGGCUUUGCUGCUGCUGCUGCUGCUGCUGCUGCAGCAGCAGCAGCAGCAGGAGACGCAGGCGAUGCAGCAGCAGGAGGCAGCAGCAGCGGGGAUACUGCGCUGCUGAGGGGCCUCCAGCUCAGCUCGGGGGCCCCCACCCCGCUGCAGCUGUCUCUGCUGUCUGGGCGUGUUGUCUCCGUGGGGGGGGGCCCCGUGCGUCUGUGUGCUUUGCCGCUGCUGCCGGCGUUCAGCAGCAAGCGGCGGCGACGCAGCAGCAGAGGAGACAGCAGCAGCAGCAGCAGCAGCAGCAGCAGGGGAGACAGAAGCAGCAGAGGAGACAGAUGCAGCGCAGCACGCGGGGCCGCAGCAACACCCCACACACCGCAGACAGACACCGAUCAAAGACACGCCGUUGCAUGCGUUGUCUGCUGCUGCGCCAACCCCACCAUCAUACAUGUCUCAGCAGCAGGCAGCCUGACAUACAACCACGUGCCCAGUGUCUCUCUGCAGCACGUUGCUGACUUCAGCUGCAGCGCCACAGACCCCCGUCUGGGUCUCUUGUGGGUCGAGGGCCCGUCUCCACCACCAGCAGCAGCAGCAGCAGCAGCACCAGCAGCAGCAGCAGCAGCAGCAGCAGCAGCAGAUCCCUCCUCUCUCCCCACCCCCACCGCCCCCACCACCACCGCUAUCACCACAACCACCACCGCCAACAGCAGCAGCAGCAGCAGCAGCAGCAGCAGCAGCAGCAGCAGCAGCAGUAUGUGGAGACGUGAGCUGAAGCAGCCACAAGCUAUACUGCGUGUGGGUGUAAGAGAAGAAGCGCAGCGGCUGCAUCUGCAGCUGCUGCCUGUCGGCCGCACCGUCGAUGCUAUUUGUCCCCUUGAGGCUGUCUCCGUUCUCGCGCUCGCUUGUCCUGCUGAGGUUGUUUUGCUGCUGUAG